AUGGAUAAACAAAUGCAAUUGUUAUGGGCUAAAAUGAAAGAAGAAAUGGAAAAACAACAAGAAAAACAAACACAAAUCAUUAAGGAGACUAUUAGCAAAACUAUUGAGGAACAAUUAUCGCAUAUAAGGAAGGAAAAUGAAGUGUUGAAAGAAGAAGUUGCAACUCUGAGAUCUAAAGUGAAAAUUUUAGACAUUGAAGCUAGAAAAACAAACUUAAUUUUGCACGGAGUAGAAGAAAACGAAACCAACAAUACGGAACUCAUGAAACAAGUGCUGGAAUUACUAAACGACUUAAACAAAAGCCAAAAUGCAACCCAUGAAUGGGACAAGUGGGAGAUAAGCAAAUUGCACAGAAUUGGGAAAAAGGUUCAAAACAAAAAUAGACCAAUAAAGAUAGUAUUUACUCUAGUAUGGCGUAGAAAUGAAAUACUUACAAACAAAAAACACCUUCCCAAGGGCAUCUACAUAACAGAGGACCUCACUAAAGAGGAAAUGGAUCUAAGGAAAUCUUUAUAUGCGAAACUUAAGGAAGCAAGAGUAUCAGGAAAAUAUGCCUACAUAAAGCAUGGAAAACUUAUAAUUAAAGACCAGCAAGAAUCGGAAAAACGCAAGAGAGCAUCAUCUUCGCCACCCUCUACACCCCCCAAUAGCUUCAGCAAAGUACAAGAAGAAGACAUUGUAAAACAACCCACUAAAUUCUCCAAAAUUAAUCCCAAUCAAACAGUAAAGAAUAUAGCAAAUUCAAAAAACUAUAAAACAAUAGUUGCCGAAAAAAUACAAUAG